AUGACUCAGACCAAGCCCAAAAGGCUUGAAAGUCAUAGGGCUAAUGAGUUGUUAGGACUCAUUCACUCUUAUGUACGUGGUCCAAUGUCUGUCAAUGCUAGAGGUAGAUAUUCCUACUUUAUUACCUUUACUGAUGAUAAGUCAAGAUUUGAUAGAUCAUUGCAUGCUGCUAGUAGAGCUCGUAGGUUGACUUACAGUAGAGUUGUUCCUGAGCAUACCUUAGAGUCUGUUGAGUCUAUCGAGUCUGUUUGUUCGAGUCCUUUACAUAGUGUUUAUUCGUUUGGUCAUUUAUUUGAUUCUGAAAUCAUGGGUGAUAGAACACUUAAGCAAUUGGCUGCUCCUAAUGUUGAUAAUGAGCAGCCCUUGUGUAUUCGUUAUACUAAUCCUGUUGUACCUUUUGAGCUUAAGUCUGGACUAAUACACUUGCUGCCCAAGUUUCAUGGUCUUGCAGGUGAGGAUCCCCACAAACAUCUGAAGGAAUUUCAUAUAGUCUGCAGCACUAUGAAGCCAACAGGGGUGGAUGAGGAACAAAUCAAGCUGCGUGCUUUCCCUUUCUCUUUGGACAGUGGAGCUAAGGACUGGUUGUACUACCUGCCACCUUCCUCCAUUGUAAGCUGGAAUGACAUGGCCAGAUUGUUUCUGGAGAAAUUCUUCCCUUCAUCCAGGGCCACUUCAAUCAGAAAGGAGAUCAGUGGCAUAAGGCAAGCUAAUGGGGAGAACAUGCAUGAGUAUUGGGAGCGAUUUAAAAGGCUUUGUUCAAGCUGCCCACACCAUCAAAUUCCAGACAAUCUCCUGCUUGUUUACUUCUAUGAAGGGCUGCUGCCUAUGGAUAGGAACCUUCUGGAUGCAGCUAGUGGAGGAGUCCUGAGCAAUAAAACACCUAAUGAAGCCAAGGAGCUGAUUGCUGAAAUAGCUGCUAAUGCUCAACAAUUUGGCACUAGAGCCAACAGCAGUGCAGUCUUCCAAGUGCAAACUCCUCCAAUGCAAAAUCCAACAGUAGCAGCAACAGGAGCAUCAAGCACAGAUAACCAGAGAAUGGAGAACAGACUUGAUGAGCUGACAUCAAUGGUGAGGCAGUUGGCAGUGACACAGACUGUGCAACCUUCUGCUCAACAGAUAAGCAACUUGUGUGGCAUCUGCUGUGAUCCUUCUCACCCCACGGAUGCCUGUCCUUCCUUUCAUCAAGACAACGAUUUCCAAGAUGAUCAGUCUGUUGCUCAAAUGGAGGAGCCAACCCACACUGCUGCUGAGACAUCCAAUGGAGGUGACACUAGCUCCAAGAAGCAGAGCACUGAUACAUCUGAUGUCCAUAUCCCUUUGCCAUUUCCUCAGAGAGCCACUCAGUCAAAGAAGCAGUCAGCAAAGGUUCAAGAUAAAGAGAUACUUGACACCUUCCGGAAAGUUGAGGUGAACAUCCCUCUUUUGGAUGCAAUACAGCAGAUUCCGCGAUAUGCCAAGUUUCUAAAGGAGCUGUGCACCAACAAGAGGAGACUGAAGGGAGAUGAGCAGGUUAACCUGAGUCAGGAAGAAGGAGCUAAACCAGUGAGACAACCCCAAAGGCGUUUGAACCCACUGAUUCUAGAUGUGGUGAAGAAGGAAGUAACAAAACUCUUGCAAGCUGGCAUGAUUUACCCCAUCUCUGAUAGCCAAUGGGUGAGUCCUGUUCAGGUGGUCCCUAAAAAGUCGGGAGUCACUGUGAUUGCCAACCAAAAUAAUGAGCUGAUCACAACAAGAGCUCAAAACAGUUGGAGAGUAUGUAUAGACUACCGUAGGCUCAACCAGGCAACCCGCAAAGAUCACUACCCUCUUCCAUUUAUUGAUCAGAUGUUGGAGCGGUUGGCUGGUAAAUCGCACUACUGUUUUUUGGAUGGAUACUCAGGCUACUUCCAGAUCCACAUUGCACCUGAGGAUCAGGAGAAGACGACCUUCACAUGCCCCUUUGGCACAUAUGCAUACAGGCGGAUGCCCUUUGGACUUUGCAACGCACCAGGUACUUUUCAGCGUUGUAUGGUAAGCAUCUUUUCUGAGUUGUUAGAGGAUUGCAUGGAGGUUUUUAUGGAUGAUUUUAGUGUCUAUGGUUCUUCUUAUGAUGCAUGUUUGGAUAAUUUGGGUAGAGUUCUGAACAAAUGCAUUCAAACCAAUCUUGUGUUGAAUUUUGAAAAAUGUCAUUUCAUGGUUGAGUCAGGGAUAGUUUUAGGGCAUGUUGUCUCUAAAAAGGGUAUUGAAGUGGAUCCUGCUAAAAUUGAUGUUAUUACUGCUUUGCCUUACCCCGCUUCUGUGCGGGAAGUUCGUUCUUUUCUUGGCCAUGCAGGUUUUUACAGGCGCUUCAUUCAGGAUUUCAGCAAAAUCGCUCUUCCAUUGUCCAAUCUCCUCCAGAAAGACAUUGACUUUGAGUUUGGUGAAGCAUGCAAGGCAGCUUUUGAUCAUCUGAAGCGCUGCCUAACCAUAGCUCCUGUGAUCCGGGCACCAGAUUGGUCUAUCCCAUUUGAGUUGAUGUGCGAUGCAUCCAAUUAUGCUGUUGGAGCUGUUCUUGCUCAGCGGGUCAACAAGGCCCCACAUGUCAUUGCAUAUGCAUCCAGGACGUUGGAUUCUGCUCAAUCCAACUAUACCACCACUGAAAAAGAACUCUUGGCUAUAGUAUUUGCUCUUGAUAAGUUUCGGUCAUAUCUUUUAGAUACCAAGGUUGUUGUUUUCUCUGACCAUGCAGCUUUGAAAUUUCUUUUAAAGAAAGCAGAUGCUAAGCCUAGACUCAUCCGAUGGAUGUUGCUGCUUCAAGAGUUUGACAUUGAGAUCAAGGAUAGAAGUGGAGCGGAAAACCAAGUUGCUGAUCAUCUGAGCCGCAUCACCUCUCUUCCAUCUGACCCUGUACCUAUUGGGGAUGAUUUCCCUGAUGAGCAACUUUUACAGCUGCAAGGUAAGUUCCCUUGGUUUGCCGAUUUAGUUAAUUACUUGGUUGCUGGAGCGUUACCUGUUGACUUCACUAAGGCUCAGAUUUUGAAAUUGAAAAGUGAGUCUAAAUACUAUGUGUGGGACGAUCCUUACUUGUGGAGAUUUUGUAGUGACCAAGUGGUUAGGAGAUGUGUGCCUGACAGUGAGACUCUAUCUACAAAUGGCCAAGCUGAAAUUUCAAACAGAGAGGUUAAGCAAAUCCUUCAAAAGACUGUCAAUGCUAAUAGAAAGGAUUGGAGCAAGAAGUUGGAAGAUGCUUUGUGGGCAUACAGGACGGCCUAUAAGACUCCGAUUGGAAUGUCCCCUUACCGGCUUGUUUAUGGUAAGGCAUGUCACCUGCCAGUGGAGCUGGAGCAUCGGGCAUAUUGGGCUGUGAAACAGUGUAACAUGGACCUAAUCCAGUCAGGUGGAGAAAGGAAACUACAGCUGCAAGAGUUAGAGGAGCUUCGUCUGGAUGCCUAUGAGAGCUCACGCCUAUACAAGGAAAAGACAAAGGCAUUCCAUGAUAAGCAGAUCCUGAGGAAAGAAUUUGCAGUGGGCCAGAGUGUGCUGUUAUUCAAUUCCCGUCUUAAGUUUAUGCCUGGUAAACUCAGAUCAAGAUGGGAUGGCCCCUUUAUUAUUACUGCUAUUUUUCCUUAUGGAGCAGUUGAAUUAAGUGAUAAGCAGACUGGGAACACAUUUACUGUGAAUGGGCAUCGUCUGAAGCCCUUCUAUGAAGGAACACCACAGCAGCCUGAGGAUACAGAGAUGGAAGCAGAGAUCAGGCUGCUUGAAGCUGUUUAUUCUCCUUAG